GUGUGCCGUUUGCUGUUGUUAUUAGUUGGACCAUUAUUCAUCAGAAACGUUCGAGUCAGAAUCAAAAUUCAUUUUGUUGGUUGCCAUAUGCAAAAGGCGCUCAUCUGUGGAUAUUAUCAGCAACAAUGGGCUUAGCAUUAAUUCUGAAUUUAUUGUUCUUGUUGGGUAUUGUUCUCAUAUUGGUGCAAAAAUUGCGCGCCGAAAAUACUGCCGAAUCGAAGAAAAUAUGGAGGACGGUGAAGUCGACACUUUUACUGGUGCCACUUCUAGGUGUUUCCAAUAUACCUUUAUUCUACGAGCCAUCACAACCCAGCAGUAUAUAUAUGCUUGGUUCCGCUAUUCUACAGCAUUCUCAGGGUAUAUUUAUUGCUGUAUUGUACUGCUUUUUGAAUGGUGAAGUGCAAAAUGCGGUGAAACGGCAAUUAUUAAGGCUGAAAAUGCAUAUUUUAAGAUAUUCAGUCACAAACAACGAGCAACCGCGUCUUGAAAUAGAACGAAGCUAUAUUCCAGAUGAAAUAAAUGAAUUGGAUAGUAAUUUGAGCAUACCAAUGGAAAAGUUGAAUAAUGCGGAUGUUUCGAUCAUUAAAAGGUGUGUUCAGGAAAUUGAUCAAAUAAUCUAA